AUGGAGCUUGAUGGAAGCGAGGUGGCUUGCUUGGAAUCCUUAGCAAGAAAGCUCAGGAGGGUGGGGACUCGGCAACAGUCCGGGAAUCUGGGACUCCGAAGCCCUUUGGGGGCUGCACUGAUCCUGUCCCCGCCUACAGGCGUGAAGACCCCUUUGUGGAAGAAGGAGGUAGAGGAUCCCGAGGCCAGAGAGGAGGAGAUAGAGGAUGAUUCAUCAUCGUCCUCGUCGUCGUCGUCGGUAGAGGAGAGGUCGGACCCCGAGAGCGCGACGGAGACAGAGGAGGACUCCCGAGAAGCGGAUGAGCGUGAGGCCCGCUCGGUGUCCUACAGUCCGCUGCGCCAGGAGCCCAGCAGCCAGCAGGUGGCGCUGCUGCGACGCUCCGAUAGCAGCUUCUGGGGCUGGCUCAGCCCGUUCGCUCUGCUGGGCGGCCUGACGGCCCCUGCGGACAGGAAGCGGGGUGCCCCGGAGGAACCGUGCGUGCUGGAGACGCGGCGGCGGCCACCGCGCCGCGGGGGCUGUGCGCGCUGUGAGAUCCUUUUCUGCAAGAAAUGCAAGACUCUGCACAGCCACCCGGCCUACGUGGAGCACUGUAUUCUUGAGCACCCUGACCUGGGUAAGGCGGAGGCUGCCGGCAACUCUGAGCACAUCCACUCCCAGCCUCUGCGCCCGCAACGCUCCAAACUCUUCUAUCUGUAGUGAGUGCCACAGAACUGUCCCUUCAAGCCGCCAUCCUUAGCGCCUCCUUCCGGUGAGAAGGCCCUCUGUCGGUUCACGGUUCCACCUGUUGUCUUGCCGGAAUUAUAGCAGAAACUAGGCACUCCUCCCCAGACAGUACCCAGCACCUGCAACCCUCCUGACCCUCACGCCUUCAACACACUCUUACCUGCACCGUUUUCAGGUCCUCUGGCCUCUAUCCAGGCAUGGCCUGGAGAAAAAUAGCCUCGGGGUUCCCUCAGCUCUCUUAAUAAAUUGUCUCAUUCCCUCUAACUCGGUAAUAAAGUCUCCAAUCAGAGUCGCUUGAGGUGGAAUAGAGAUAAACAUGAGACUCCUUUUUCUCCUGCUGGGUACAACCCAGACAGCAGAAGGCCAAUAAGGUGGUUCCUCCAUGGUUUCCCUGGGACAGGGCAGUACAAAGCACUUGCAUCCAAGGGCAGUCAAAGGCCAUUUUGUCCACUGCACAGAGAAGAAAGGAGGGCGCAUGGCCAGCAAUGCCAUGCCAGUUUCUGAGAAACUGUGGGCUGCUCCCUUGCCAGAUUCACCGAGAGCUGGCUGUUGGUGGUCACUCUGUGUGUGUGUGUGUGUGGUGUGUGUGUGUGUGUGUGUGUGUGUGUGUGU